AACACAGGCGGAAGUCGAGAUUCUCUGCUGUCAAGAAGAAAAACAAACACGACACGUUAUUUGAUACGGGACUGUGGAUUGCGAACAGUUAGCUCGCUAAGCUAAUAGGUCAGAAGACAAAGAUGGCAUCAAGCAGUACAAGCAGUGAGGAAGAGCAGAGCCUAAGAGAGUGUGAGCAGUAUGUCCAGAAACACAACAUCCAGCAACUGCUCAAAGACUGCAUCAUCCAGCUGUGCACGUCCCGGCCUGAACGGCCCAUGGCCUUCCUCAGAGACCACUUUGAAAGACUGGAAAAGCAGGAGGAGGCUCAGCAGAUGGCUUCACAGCAGAAGUCCAGCUCAUGGUCAGACUCCCGUGAGGAUGAAAUUUCACCACCCAUGAACCCUGUGGUGAGGGGGCGGAGCCGGAGAGGAGCCAUCAGUGCUGAGGUGUAUACUGAGGAGGAUGCUGCCUCCUAUGUCAGAAAGGUCAUCCCAAAAGACUACAAGACCAUGGCUGCCCUGGCCAAAGCCAUGGAGAGGAAUGUGCUGUUUUCCCACCUGGAUGACAAUGAGAGGAGUGAUAUUUUUGAUGCAAUGUUUUCUGUCAACUACAUUGCUGGAGAAACAGUCAUCCAACAAGGUGAUGAGGGAGACAACUUCUACGUCAUUGACCAGGGAGAGAUGGAUGUAUAUGUCAACAAUGAGUGGGUGACCAGUAUUGGUGAGGGAGGUAGUUUUGGGGAGCUGGCUCUGAUCUAUGGGACCCCCCGUGCAGCUACAGUCCGGGCCAAGUCCAAUGUCAAGCUCUGGGGCAUCGACAGAGACAGCUACAGGAGAAUACUGAUGGGGAGCACUUUGAGAAAGCGUAAGAUGUACGAGGAGUUCCUCAGCAAGGUUUCCAUUUUAGAGUCUCUGGAUAAGUGGGAGCGUCUGACAGUGGCUGAUGCCUUGGAGACAGUGCAGUUUGAGGACGGCCAGAAAAUUGUGGUCCAGGGACAGCCUGGUGAUGAGUUCUUCAUCAUCCUGGAGGGGACAGCAGCGGUGCUGCAGAGGCGUUCAGAAGACGAGGAGUUUGUGGAGGUCGGCAGACUUGGACCGUCAGAUUACUUUGGUGAAAUUGCCUUGCUGAUGAACCGGCCCCGUGCUGCCACUGUUGUUGCAUGCGGACCCCUUAAGUGUGUCAAACUGGACCGGCCACGGUUUGAGAGAGUCCUGGGUCCCUGCUCUGAUAUCCUGAAGAGAAACAUUGAGCAAUACAACAGCUUUGUUUCCCUUUCUGUCUGAGCUCGUCAGCACUCAGACCCUCCUCUCUUCUACUGCAGCACACACCUCUUUUAUUUUCCCAUGUAUACUCUCUUUCACAUAUGUAACCACGGCCACAUGACACCACCCCCACCCCUACCCCAUAAGGUCACUUUAAUACAUCUGUUACUGUUCUUUUUUUUUUUUAGAUUUCUUAUCUAUUGUUUUUUUUGUUUGUUUUUUUUUUUUGGCUGGACAGAAACAGCUGGGCCAGCCCUAUAAACACAAUAUCCUCGACUGACUGACUGACUGAGGGAUACAGUUGUGUGAUAAAGGUACACCAUUGCUCAGCCGAGUGUUUGACUUCUCCUAUUGGCCUUUGUUCUUUUAAAAAGAUCUUGUGUGAACCGUUUCUCUGACAUCAUCAGGGGGCGUUUACAGCAGAUCCACUACAGUUUUCAGCUACUGUAUUUCCUCCUAAUGUAAUAAAUGUAGUUAAUUUGCUGUAAUGGAGCUGAUGCACAGUGAAUUCGUAGCACGACCGUGCUUGCCUGCAGCUCCAGAGGAGCCAGGAAGCCAGAGCGCCUGGAUGACUGCCCGUAACAAGAAGCACAGCAUAAAGCCUGCAGUUGGUAUCUAUACAUGGUCCAGUCAUAUACUAGGUUUAUACUUAGUCUUGUUUGUGUAUAUACUGAAAAUCUGUAACCCCAUUACCUAAAAGGUGUUUGAAGAUAUAAGUGAGAUUAAAUACUGGUGUAUGUGUGACUGACUGUGACUUCACACUGUGAAGAUGAGUCAAAUUAAGACAAAAUAUACAAAUUAGAGUGUUAAUGCGGACAGUGUAAGAAUCUAGUUUCAAAGUCUGAUGGGAAAACAAUUAAAAAUGACCAAAAAUGUUACAUUAGUGAUUUUUCAGUAUUAAGUCAAAUGUGUUGACUAUGUGAACACGAAGUUAGUUAGUUAGUUUGCUCUGCAGAUCUUCAGUCUUCACAGACAUGCUGUGGUAGAUGGUUUCAUGCUGACUGAGGAGGUUUUAUGUCUUUUAAGCAGUUUUGUCUGCACUGCUGCUUGUUUCUGUUUGUCAAGAUGUUUGAGCAGUGCCAGCAGGAGGGCUCAUGGAAAGGCAGUGUUGGUCAGCUGGUCCACCACUUUGGUCCAGACCGAAAUAUUUCAGAUAAUUUUGCUGUAAUAUUUAUCAAUGUUCCCCUCCAGACAACUUAUCCUCUGACUUUUUAUCUGACGCCAUCAUCAGGUCAAAAUCUCAGUUUGUCCAAUUCUUUAGUUUAUGACCAGAUGCCAGCAAAACUGAUGACAUUCCCAGCCUCAGCUGUACUUUUUCUUUACAACUAUUUUGAAAAUGUUAGCAUGCUAACAGAUGGUGAACAUGCCAAACAUGAUACCUGCUAAACAUCAGCAUCAUUGUCUCUUGGGUAUGUUAGCAUGCUGGCAUUAGCAUUUAGCUCAAAGUACUGCUGUGUAUUAGUAUAGCCUCACAGCUAACAUGGCUGUAGACUCUUAGGUCUUUUGUUUUUAGUUUUUUUUUUUUUUUUAUGUAUUUAUUUUGUUGUCUUGGUGUCCCUAGCAGAGACACCGUUCUUAAAGUACCAGCUGUAAACUCACAGUAUGGAGGAUGUUUUGCCAGGAAGAGAAAUUAGGAAAAAAAAAACAAAAUGCUAUUUCCAAUUAAGCCUCUUAAGCAUUUAGGUCAUUUGACAUUUUCUGCUAAUUAUAAAAAAAGUUUUAUGAACAAAUUUGGCAGCUUUUCUGUUCUUUCAUUUCACUUUGUUACGCAUUGUUAGAAUUUUAGCUUUGUUGUCAUGAUUUCAGUUUUGUUUGUUUCUUAACAUUUAAAUCAUAAUAGACUGAAUUAGAAUAAUGGCAUUUUUUCCUUCUGCUCUUUAAAUGUGAUUCGUUCCUCCAUAUUUAGUUCACAGUCUCGGUUAAAGGAAACUGUCCUGGGAUCCCUUUAACUCUGCUGACAUCAUGUGCUCUUAUGUUGGUCUAUUUACAUCUCUGCUACAAAUCUAUAUAUGAAGAGUAAAUGACUAUAUCUUUUGCACAUUUUGUGACAUACAAAAUUAUAUUGUCUGAGAGAAAAAUGUGUAUACACUGUUAAGGUCACUGUUUAGUGCACAUCUGAUCCCGUUAUUUAAAGGGAGUGCAGGUAAAAAAAAAAAAAACCCACAAAACACCACCAACAUCAACAAAAAAAGUGACGCGACGCCUCUUACAAGAUCAGACUGUCUGUUAAAUGAGAGCUCUAGGUAAUUCAUCUAAUUAUCAUCCAUGACAGCUUCAUCUGUCAUUGUUGUCCUCUGACCUUUGACCACCAAAAAUCCCAUCAGCUCAUUUCUGAGUCCAGGUGAACAUUUGUACUAAAUUUGAAGAAAUUCCCUUGAGGUGUUACUGAGACAUUGUUUUUGUUACAAUUAGACAGACAACCCAAAAACAUACUGACUCCGGCCACAGCUGACGCCAGCAUGCAGGCAUAAAAACAAACACCAUUAUCAGAGCAGUGGAGGCAGAGAUAUCCUGAGACAUCAAGCUCCAUAAACACUGAACCCUAUAUUUCUUUGAUUUGAACUCCUGUGCCUGUUAAACACCCACGCUUUUAAACGCCACUUGUUUGUAACACAGACUGUUUAACAAUAGAUAGAUAGAUAGAGAGAUAGAUAGAUAGAUAGAUUGAUACUUUAUUUAUCCCUAUGGGAAAUUCAUGAGAAUCCCAGAAGAAAUUCUACAGCUGUUUUGCAAUCUCUUCAUGAUGACACAACUGCUUUUCAUGUGUACAGUUGGUGGAGUGCCUUUAAGUUUGUAAUUAGGCAGUCAUGUUGGUCAUAGCUGAGAUACAUGACAGUGAGGGAGUUAGCUUUCUCCCAUUACAGUGAAGAAGCAGUAUAUUGCAGUAGAUAAACUUGUAUAUUGAAGGUAUUGUGCAUUUUAUGACUAAAGGAUGAAACUUUCUCCACUGCUUCUAUAAACCAUGAGGUUUAUUUUCAGAUGUGGAGGCAUUUCAGACCCCGUAGGACAGAGCUGAGCCCCCUGGAGUAAUGUGUGUUCCAGACAAACUAGCAUGCUCGCUUCUGAUUAAAAUGUUUGCUAAUGUGGUAGAUAGUCAUGUAAUUCCAUAGAACACACAGCAGAAGUUGUCAACAUUUUUAACAAGCUAUAGCUACUUAACACCUGGAAAUGAUGGGUUCUGUAGUCCCCUGGCAAAAUGGUGCUCUAAGCAGAAUGAUGUUACAUGGCCAUAACAGCAAAUAUGCAUCUUUAUGCAAUUUUGGCAAAGAUACAAGAUACAUGAUUAUAAUGGAGAAAUGGGGCAAAAACUGGAAAAAUUCAAUGCUGAGGUCAAUGACCUCUCAAGGUCACCAGAGGUGAGAUACAAAUUACCUCCAUUUCUGAAAUAAAACCUCAGGGUAUAUAGAUAAUAUGCUGAAACUUUCAUGCUUUAGUCAUAAUGUUUUGCCUACCUGCCCCACUAGUAGGGCUGGGUAGUAACAGAAGUACAGAUACUAGACACUUGAGUUUCAGUAUCGAUAGCAAAACAAUUUCUUUUCAAUAAUUAGGAAUAUAAUAAUGUUUUCUACAAAAUUCUGUCCUGAAUGAGCCAAAGUUAUUGUCAAACAUUGUCUAAACCAGUGUUUCCCAACCUUUUCCAAAUCAUAGCCCCCCUGAAAAUCUCAAAAAUGUUUAUGGCCCACAUUCAACCUUGUAACAAUACAGAGGCCAAAUUAUGCUCUGAGCACUUUUUAUUUUAAUAAUAAUGUUUGAACAUGAACUGAAAGCAGGAGAAGCGCAAUUAUUCUUUUUUAAUUUUUUGACAGGGGAGAGAUCACUUGUCGAUUCACCCUCUAUCUCUUGACUUUUUCCUUUUAACCCUUCCUGUUGCUAACCGGUUAUCUAUUUUUAUACUCCAGUUGUUGCCAUGGAUGUAAUCUGUCAGCGCACAAUGAGACUGAAAUAAGAUCUAAGUAUAUUUCAGUGUAUUCAUGAUGUGAAGAUACUUCAUUGGGUUCAGUUCUCCAACAUUAAACAUAUUUACAGUUAGCCCACUAGCAAACAUGUAUUUGGAUGUACAGUACAGUCUUUGCCUUGCACUCACUGCUGAUGCUUGUCACUUGUUCUGCUGUUCUUUUACAUCUCACACAGUAUUCUUCUAUGUUAUUUCUAAAGAGGUCUUUGACCGUCGCCACUGGUUUCUUGUAUUUUUCUGAUGAAGGUGCAUGUCACACUUGUUUUAAAUGCGUUUCUCAAAGACUUUUUGAUUCAGUACACAAGAGUAUUUCUCACUGCCUGGACCGUCGAGAGCCGAGACAUUGAUUGUGAGUGUGUAGUGCUGUCUUCACUUAGAAACCUGGAUUGUUGACUUUCAGCUCACUGUGUCUGUUCAAUCAGACCAUCUGUGUUUGGCUGCAGUGAGUCAGCAGACCUGCAGUGGGUCUCUCCAGAGGACCAGUCUUUUCUAGAGUUUUUAUGCCUUUUGUCGGAUUGAUUGGAGUAACUGGUGUGUUUUGGAUUUCCCUGUAGGACUAAAGCAAUAAAGAGUUCAGUGUU